AUGUCGACUGCCCUCACCACCACCGACCUCCAAGGCGCCCUGCCGCUGAUUGCGCGCGGCAAGGUCCGCGACCUGUACGAAGUCGACGAGAAGACCCUGCUGUUCGUCGCGUCGGAUCGCAUCUCCGCGUACGAUGUGAUCAUGGAAAAUGGCGUCCCCAACAAAGGCAUCCUCCUCACCCUCUGCACGCAGCACUGGUUCCGAGUGCUCACGGCCGCCAUCCCCUCGCUGCGCACGCACUUCCUGACCCUCGACCUGCCACCCCAAGUCCCCGAGUCGCUGCGCCCCGUCCUCCAGAACCGCAGCAUGCAGGUGCGCAAGCUCAAGAUCCUCCCCCUCGAGGCGAUCGUCCGCGGCUACAUCACCGGGUCUGCGUGGAAGGAAUACCAGAAGUCUGGCACCGUGCAUGGCAUCCCUGUCAAGGCUGGAUUGCAGGAGAGCGAGGCGUUCCCCGAUGGACCGAUCUAUACGCCUAGUACGAAGGCGGAGCAGGGUGAUCAUGAUGAGAAUAUUCAUCCGGAUCAGGCCGUUGCUAUUGUUGGCGAACCGUACGCGUCUACCAUCGCCUCCUUGGCCGUGGAAUUGUACAAGACGGCUCAUGCGUAUGCGCUCGAACGCGGCGUGAUCAUCGCCGACACCAAGUUCGAGUUCGGAUUGGACCUGGAGACGAACGAGGUGGUGCUGGCGGAUGAGGUGCUGACGCCGGAUUCGUCGCGAUUCUGGCCCAAGGAUUCGUAUGCUAUUGGGAGGGGCCAGCAGAGCUUCGACAAGCAGUACCUGCGCGACUGGCUGGUCAGCGAGGGUUUGAAGGGCAAGGAGGGUGUUCGCAUGAGCGAUGAGGUGGCGCAGAGGACGAGUGAGAAGUACAAGGAGGCGUGGGAGAAGUUGACAGGGGGUAAUUAG